UACAGAGACAUGAAUGAUUGUCUGACCCUGACAUGACAGAUCCGUGUUUUGAUGAUGAUUAUUGUGCUUAGUUUGUUUCACUCACAGUUACACAGCAGCAUUCUUCCAUGUCUCUGCUCCUGCCCCUGCCUGCCUACCUGCCUACCUGCCCUACCUGCCCUACUGCAGGUUCCUGGAAGAGUGUGGGCGAGUUCAGAGAGAAAGUCACUUGUUAACACAUACACACUUCCUUAUUUGCCUCCGCUCUGUGCAGGUCGUGGCGAGUUGCUCCCGCAUAGCCACUGUUUUGCUGCACUCACUCCCCAACAGAUUUCCCCGCUCUUAUCUCAAGUUCCUCCUACUCAUUGACUAAUACACUAGUGAGGAAAUGUGGCGGAAAGAUUUCAGCGGAGCAAAAGACUUUGACAGGUAAACACACUGGUUGAGGAAUGUGAGUCUCACUGAGCCACUUGCGGAGGUGAAGCCUGUUAUUCUGCUGUGUAACCGACCUGUAUGAGAGGAUCUGCGAACCACUGACUGGACGGCCAUCACUUUAACGGCACUUUAUCGAGGAAAACAAGAAUUGUGGUCACAGGAACCUGCUCAGAGAUGAGCGUCCCGAAGAAGGACGACUAUGGCCGCAGGCAGAAGAGGAACACGUCCUGUGCUCUCUUUGUGUCUCUGCUGCCGUUCUUUCUGGCCGCAGCUCUCUACUUCUACCUGUGGACUCCUGAGUCUCCACCGUCCAUCGUGGCUGCAGGUGUCAAGGUGGCGCCGAUCCUCCUCCUGGCUGCAGUGGUGCUGAGCUGGAAUGGGGGUCAGAGCCUGGUUAUGGUGGGGGGGCUGCUCUUCUCUGCCGUGGGCGACUGCUGCUUGAUCUGGAACGGGUUUAUCCUGCAGGUUUCAGGAAUAGGGGCUUUUGCCGUGGCCCAUCUACUCUACUCAGUCUCCUUCCUGUCCAGUCGAUAUGGACCCCAUUCCUCGUCCUCCUGGAUCCGGGGCGUCUAUCUGAUCCUGAUCAUGGUGGGAGGAGGUUUCUACUUGUAUCUCUACCAGUUCCUGCAGAAGGCUCCUCACUCUGACGUCCUGACUCCGGCCGUGGGCGUCUACUUCUGUCUAAUCCUUCUGAUGGUGUGUCUGGGCAUCAGGACCCGUCACACAGUCACAGCUCUGGGGGGGUUGAGCUUCGCUGUGUCCGAUUCGUCGCUGGCUCUGCAAACUGUCAAGGUGUUGCCGCAGAUAGGGGGCCACCUGGUCGUCAUGGUGACGUAUUACAUGGCCCAGCUUCUGAUCGCCGUGGGCGACGUGAAGGCAGCAGAGGACGAUCUUUCUAAAAGGAAGAGGUCCUAACCAGCCCGGGGUGUCCUGGAGUUAUUAAACCUCCUCUGAACUGUUUCCUGUGAGUCCUGAACAAACAUUGUACAUGUAAUCACAUAUUAAAGUUCAGCUGCUGCUGUACAUGAUUGAUUUGAAAAA